AUGGAGGCCAAUUAUGAACUAUUGUCCAGUCCUGACCCAGCCGAUGAGGCAACCUCUGAACUCUCAGCCUUGUCUGUCACACCCAAGGAUGCGGUCUGUGAACUUCCUGACCGUUUUGCUGCGGCUACAAGGGCUGUUCAGGAACUCUCAUCCCCACCUAUCACUGCCAUGGAAGCCUUAAAUGAACCUUCUUUUCAACCAAAAAGCCUGAGAAUAAGCAGUGAUAUGACUGAUUGCGAACUUCCUGUCAGCCUAGUGUCUGUCAAUGAACUGUCUGUCUGUCCAGUUUCAACCAAAGAGUCAGAGUAUGAGCAGUUUGGUUAUCCCAUUUCUGUCAAUGUGUUCAAUUCUCAGGUGUCUGUCUGUCCGGUUUCAACCUAUGAGUCUGAGUUUGCCUGUUCAGUUGUCACUAAUGCUCUUGAUUUUGACCGGACAGAGAAAUGCAAGGUUUUCGACUGCCUAGCUACUAGUUCAUCAUCCACCUCCUCCUCAGCUGCAGUUACAGUGAACCAACCCACUCCUCCUGCAUCUGGUCCAAGCAAAAGACAAGCCCAAAGCCCCUUCACACUGGCAGCUAGUGGGAGGAUGCCUGAGGAGAGAGUGAAUGAGUGCCACUUAGCCUUGACCAAGUUCAUAGUGAAAGGCCUACAUCCCUUUGCAACAGUGGAGUCCAACUGUUUUAGGGAGAUGUGCAAGGCACUCAACCCCAAAUAUACCCCUCCCUCCAGGAGUUAUCUCAGUGACACAUUAAUUCCCUCCUGGUAUGAUGUUGAAAAGGCCAAUGUGAUCAGUGAGCUGAAGGAUGUGCCAAAGCUGGCCAUCACAUCAGAUGGGUGGACCAGCCUCUGUCAGGACCACUAUCUUACUGUUACAGUGCACUACACAAGCCAGGGCAGUGUAAAACAGAAGGUCCUCCACACCAGGGCAGUAUACCAAUCUCAAACUGGUGAAGUAGUGGCAGAGGAGAUCUCUGACAUUCUAGAAGAGUUUGAGAUAGAGCCAAGCAAGAUUGUAGCUGUGACUGUUGAUAAUGCUGGUAAUAUGGAUGUUGCUAUCAAGAAGCUACAGAUCCUAAAAAUAGGAUGUUUUGCACAUACAUUGAAUCUAGCAGCACAGAAAAUCUACAAAAUUGCUUCCAUUGAUAAAUGGGCAGCCCGAAUCAGAGCAGUGGUCGUGUGGUUCAAGAGGUCCUCCCUUUCCAAAACAGUGUUGACCGAAAAGCAGCAGCUCCAUGGCCUUCCACAACAUUCCCUGAUCCUUGAUGUCAAGACCAGAUGGAACUCGCUCUACCUAAUGAUAGAGAGAUUCAUGGAGCAGUAUCCAGCAAUUCAAGCAGCAGCUUUGGACCCACGACUUCGAAAAGCAAUCACCAAGGACAACCUGGACCGACUGAAGGAUGAGGACUUCCAUAAGGCUGAGGAGUUUGUCCAGCUCAUGAGAGUCCUCUAUACAUCCACACUGUGUGUGUCAUGUGAGAAAAAUACUACAUGUGGACAGAUCAUACCCAUCCUUCAAAAACUGGAAGAGCAUUUUACUAUGAAGGAUGAAGAUACAAUGUUUGUAGCAUCCAUCAAAGAGAAGGUGUGGGAGAACCUCUCCCAGCGCUAUCAGGAUGAUGAUAUCCAAGCCUUCCUGCAUGAGGCCACAGUAAUGGACCCCAGAUUCAAAGGGAGGUCAGUAAGUGAUGAAACUUGGGACAGGCUGAGGAGGAAAGCUAUUGAGGCCAAUGUGAGACCAACAACAGGGUUGUCAGAUGAGAUGACAGACACAGAGCACCAGGAAAAGGAGGAAUCCGAAGGAGAAGGUGAGAAAAUGGAGGAGACCAUAACUCCAUUGCACAUAAAAAGGAGUGCCUUAGAGGAGCUAUUCUCAGAGGAGGACAGGGAGUUGAGGUUGAGGAUCCAAAAGGACAACUUGUCCCUCACCCUCAGUGAACAUGUUGACUUAGAGGUUGAACGCUACAAAAGCCUGCCUCCCAUUCCCAUGGCUGAAGACCCAGUGAUGUGGUGGUGGGAGAAGAGAGCUGAUCUGCCCCUCCUCACAACCAUUGCAACAAGUUACCUCUGUGCUCAAGCCUCCUCCACCCCUAGUGAGAGGGUAUUUUCAACCGCAGGGAACACAAUAAGCCAAGAGAGGUCCCGACUUCUGCCAGAAAAGGCAAAUAUGUUGAUUUUUCUCCAUAAGAAUGGUUAA